AUCACCAUCAAGAGAAGACCUUUACUGUAUGUCGUCAACAUUAUCCUACCAGUGUUUUCCUUCCUUGUGCUGGAUGUGACCUCCUACUUCAUAGACGCAGACGGAGCAGACAAGCUGAGCUUUAAAGUGACUUUACUGCUGGCUAUUUCUGUGCUACUGCUGAUUCUUAAUGACAUACUGCCCUCUACAGCUGAAAAGCUUCCUCUGAUCGGGAUUUACUGCAGUGGGAUUUUCAGUCUCAUUGGGAUCAGUAUACUGGAGACCAUCUUUGUGAAUUACCUGAAGGCUAAAGGAGCUGAAAGUAGAUCAGCUGCAUUGAUGCAAAGAACAGUUGCUGUUAUUGAUCAAGAUGAUGGUGUCAGAGAAGUGCAGAUUCCUCCAGACCAGAAUGAGAUUAAGAUUUCGCUUUGCUGGAUCCAAAUGGCACAAAUGACAGACUCGAUCUUCUUCAUCCUCUACAUAGUCACCAUUAUUGUGUUUUUGUCUGUGCUUGGCUCAGUUUGGGUACAUUAA